UAAAACAAAACACCCCACUCCAAACAUGAUCCACUCUUCUCCUCUCAAUCUUCAUCCUCAUUAAUAAAUAAAUAAAUUUAAUAUUUUCGACAAAAAAAUUCAUUAUUUGCUGGAUUCGGAAUAAUAAUUGAAUUCAGAUAAUGGAAGCUAGAAGGCUCGCGAUCCUCUGUUCUCACCUGAACCCACCUGGUCCGAACCCGACCCGAGACCCGAUUCUCAGGGUUUCCGAUUGUAGUAGCUCUGCUUCUUCCGGCGACGGGAAAGUGGAAUCAUCCAAUCUCCAAAACGACUGCGUUUUCUGCAAGAUUAUCCGUGGCGAGUCUCCAUGUCUCAAGUUGUACGAGGAUGAUAUGUGUUUGUGUAUUUUGGAUACUAAUCCACUUAGCCAUGGGCACUCUCUUAUCAUUCCCAAGUUACAUUAUCCAACCUUAGAGGAAACUCCUCCCUCAGUUGUUGCUGCCAUGUGUUCUAAAGUGCCGCUUAUCAGCAACGCCAUCGUCAAAGCUACUGGCAGUGAUUCAUUUAACUUAUUGGUUAACAACGGCGCAGCAGCUGGGCAAGUCAUAUUUCACACACACAUUCACAUAAUCCCGCGUAAGGAACGUGACUGCUUAUGGGCUUCCGAGAGCUUACGGAGACACACUCUGAAACUUGACAAGGAAGCAUCUCAAUUGGUAUCGCGUGUUCGACAACAAUUGUGCAGCCUUCCUGAAGAACAAUUGGUUCAGCCCUCAUAAAAGUCCCUUCUCAAGAAACCCAUUGUUGUAACAUUAGAUACAGAAUCCAAACCCAAAAGUAUAUUCUGUAUAGUUCAUAUUCAGUCUCAGUUUCAUUUAUAUAUAUUCUUGAAUCUAUACUA